AUGGCAGAAAAUUCAUCUUCUCACCGACAGCCUGGUCCUCGACCAAAUGUCGGAAACAAUUUACCAGUAGAAGGGAUAGUUGAAGAGGCCUCAGACGAUAAUGAGGUUCAAUCUAUUGGAGCAAAUGACCCUGUUACUCCAGGGAUAUUUCCCAUAAAUCCCGCUCAAUCAAUUUUACCACCGGGGGAAACUCCGAUAUCAUGGUAUGUCCGGUCACAAGGGGCAUUAAAUGCAGUGUACACGCAGUUGUGUGCUCAAACGGCUCCCGUAACACAAUCACGAAGACCGGGAUCUAGAGCUCAUGCUUCCCAGCGAGAAGAAUCAACUUAUGAUGGUACAAACAGCUACCAGAGACAACACCAUGAAUCACAACCUCGUCAAAGGCAAUCAGUUCAUGAUAGGUUGGGUUCCCCAUGGGAUGCUCAUACCGAUGAAUCUGAUCAAACAUAUCGUUUGAGUGCAAACACCAGCGUAUUCAACAGACUACAUCCAAACUCUAACAAAUCCAGGCCUCGAGCGGUUUACAACCCUGAGGCAGAGCAUAAUUAUGACUUAGUUUACCGCCCUGCAGAAGCAGCGGAAAACUCGAAGUUUAUAUUGGAAAUAGCUCUAGCCCCGUUAGAAAGGGCAAAAUUACCAUCUAACGUCGGGAAAUUCAAUGGGUUAACUGACCCCGACGAUCAUCUGAGAGUUUUCACCAGCGCAGGGUUGGUUGGCGGUUGGACUCUUCCGCUUUGGUGUCAUUUGUUCGUUCAAACAUUAACUGGGCCAGCGCGAAUCUGGUUUGAUAACCUUCCGACGGGGCAAAUCGAGUCAUGGAAGGACCUGCGCCAAAAAUUCUUAACACACUUCAGCCAGCAAAGGCGUUCCAUGCGGGAUACAUCUGAUGUCAUGAACAUAUGGCGUCGAGAUGACGAGAAUCUGGAAGAUUUUAUAACUAGAUAUAAUAAGGAAGUGUUGGAGAUCGGGGGUGUUCACGAACAGCUAAUCUGUGCUCAGUUUAAGUACGCGGUUAGAUGCGACGACAUGGUGAAAGUGUUAUCCGGAACAGAGGGCCUUCCCAAGAGUUGGGAAAAGAUAAUGGCGGCGGCCAAGGUUUAUGCGUAG